AUGGGUGACUCAGAUGCGGUUAAGCAAAUGAGAGAUGCUUAUAGUCAGCUCAAAAUUUACUCCGAUAGCUUGAAUGAUUACUCCGGUAGUAUAGAUGCCACUCAAAGUGUCAGUUCCAACGAUGACGGUAAGCGAAUGCAAACCGGAGGCACUGAGAGUCAACAAGAAUCUAGAAUACCAACUUUAUCUCCUUCUGUGUCUUUUAAUACUGUUCCAUCGUUCACUGAUAAUUCUCAUUUUCAAACUGAGGAACCUGAAUUUUUAGGUGUACAGAUUCCUGAUGCUUAUACGAUGGAUGAAUAUUACGAUAACGAAAGUUAUCAGCCAGAGUCGCAUUUAAAACAGGGGCAACAUGAUUAUACUACACAUUCCUCGCAUAAUAGAAGUUCAUCAUUUCCUCCUGGAUGGAUUUCCCCGAAAACUAGAAUGGCUGCAAAUAAUUUGUCACAUCAUUUGAAGAUAUCAGAAAAUGGUAAAAUUGUCAGAACUGAUUAUCCAAGCAGACCGAGUGUCAGUACAGAUUCUGUAAUUAUCAAUAGAGAACAGAAUAUGUUUAAAAAAGCUUGGCGGACACGUAAAAAUAGAAUUGGUCAUAGGAGAUGCAAUAAGUCAAUAUAUUUUAAAAAGCCUGAUAUAUUAUUUCCUGAAGAACAAUAUACUAUGGCUGUAAUGGGCAAUGACUACACUCCCAUCACAAAACAACAGAGGAAAAAAGAUAAAAUCCUUCAGAAGAAAGUUGGUUUUACAAAUGGUCCAAGGACUAUAAUCUGUCAUAUCAGUGGUAGAAAAUAUACGUGGGUGGCCUUGGAUUGGAUUCUUAAAGAACUAUCUAAUAACGAUCACCUAGUGGUCAUCGCAAAUUUACCGAAGAUAAAAUUGCCGGGACGUAACCAUGGUGAUAAGUUUAAUAAAUUUGUUGGAGAUAUCACCUCAGAUGCUGCUUCUUCAUCAUCUAGAGCAUCCUCAGACAAUACUAAAAAAGAUUUGUUUUCAUUAUUCUCUUCACCUUUAACAAAUAAUGCGACAGAGUGGUGCUAUGGUUACGAGAAAAUUGACAUUGAGAAUUCAAUAAGAAAUAUUUUUACCUAUAUAACAUCAAUAAUCUCACCGUCCUUAUCGGUGAAGAUCACUGUUGAAAUUAAUGUUGAUAAGACAUCUUCCACUUUAAUUGAUGUAUUCAAAAGUUAUAAUCCAGACUUCAUUGUUGCAGGUACAAAGAAAUGGAAAUUAACCGAGGAUUUAGUGUGUUGGAAGUCUAGAUAUGUAUCUGAUCAAUUAGCAACAAGGUAUAUUGUUCCAGUGUUCCUUGUUCCUUCGCUAAGAAUGCACGAAUUCGAAAGAAGUAUACAAAAUGAAAAUUCGGGACCAGUAAAGAAUAACUCUGAAUUGAAUUUACUAGUAGAAUCAGCUGUUAAGAAAAAACAAGAUAAAUCCAACACAGAUGAUUCCAUUACGAAUAGAAUUGAACACGAGAUUACAUCGAAGACAAUGGAGCAACAAUUGAAAUUAUUAUCCAUGGACAAUAGAAAUAAUAUGUUAGAAAAUUUAAAAAAAUGUGAAAUCAACAAUCAUAAUGACCCACUCUGUAAAAUAAAUAUCAUUUUUAAUGCUUCCGUUUCAUUUGCGAAAUCAAUUGCACAAAUCAAGGUGGAUUGUUCUGUAGUCUCAGAAUUUGAGCGUUGGAAGAAGGAAAUAACAGGUGGUGAAGUAAAACCUGAAACUACUUCUAAAAAAUCAAUGUUAGAUGUUGUCAAUACUACCUCUAAAACCAAAGCACCUAAACUUCAUCAUACUCAUACACACAGUGGCAUAGUGAGAACCUUGUCUCAUCAACCAAGACAACCGUUAACACGUCAAUUAUCAAGUUCGCCAACAAGAAGUAACCUUGAUGAUCUACCCUCGAUUAGCCAUGUUUUGACAUACAGUGGAAAUAGCCCUGGACAUACACACGAUUCACAUCGAAAAAUAAAGAAAGAUACUGAGGGCCCAGUUUUGAGAAAAGUCGUAAGUAAUACCGAAAGUCCUCCUAAGAAGAAAAGUGGUGGAUUUUUCUCAUCUUUAUUUAAGAAAUGA